AUGCUCCUCUCGCCGAGCUUGUGCGAGGACGCGGCCGACGAGGCGCCCAAGAAGAAAAGGAAACUCAAGAGGACCCGGAAGAAGGCCGACGUAGACGCCGACGCCGACGCCGCGGAGCCGGAGCCCGCGACAAAGAAGGCCAGGAAGGCCAAGAAGGCCAAGGAGGCGGACGAUGGGAAGGGAACAUCGGAUACGGCGACAGCCCGAGUGGAGGUGCAGCGGCCGGACCCCGCCGCCGAGGGGCAACGCCGGGGGCGCAGGAGGCGACAGGCGGACGAGCAGUACUCCAUCACCCGGGGUGUGGACCUGCAG